AUGAAGAGGUGGGCCACAAAGACUGAGAGGAAGGGAAUGAAGGUGGAGAAGCAGGACGGUCCAACCAAGAGCCAAGAGUCGAAGGCUUCUUCCGAGAGGGUGUCCAUGGACCUUCUCCGCCACAGGAUUGGCAGGCUAGAGAAGACAAUAGAGGAACUGACACUUCAGUACCAGAAAUUGGAUCAGAAUGCAAAGACUCUCGUGCAGUCCUUUGACCCGCACUGUGCAAACAUUGCAGAACAAACUGGACAGGAUGAGAUGUGGUCAAUGCUCCUGGAGGAGAGGUUCACACAGCUGGAAAUCAACCUGUUCUUCAGUUAUGUUGUGGACAUGCUUCAGUCUUUGCAUUCUCGUGUAUUGGAGAAACAGCCAGAAUCUGCCAGUGUUCUGCCCACUUUGUCUUCUAUCUUGAAGAGGAAGGUUUGGGAUAGGGAACUUGAAGCCACGUGGACAAGUGUACUUUCAGAACUUGGUCUCACCGACUCUGAUGAAAAGGCUCUGUGCACAUUCUUUGUAACCUAUUACAAUGAGGCCGAGUAUUACCCACCUCCUGCAAGAAAGAAGUACAAUCAGAACAUCCAAGAGGUGUUAAAUAAAGUUGUGUCCAGCCAUAUUCUACACCACUGUCUCCUCCAUAUUGUGCAGUUGUCAGAUAAAGAAAAUGACACGGUGGCAACUGGGAGUCAUUAA